AUGGCCGACGUUGGUCCUUACGGUAAUCAGCGUGCCGCGCGUUUCAAUGCAUGGCACGAGCAAGGAGUUUGUCCCCUUUCCCCUCUUGCAUUCUUCGAUUCAUCACUUACAACGUCCGGCAGCGCACCAAAGUUAAGUAUCAAAUUCAGGGAACAACUUACGGUGCAUGAUGGUCCUGCCUCAUGUCCCUGCGCCUUUGCGACGUUCGAGUUGGAUCUUAGACAAGUCGCUCAGGUGGUCCUCGCACCCGGACUGGGACCUGAGUACCAUUUUCGACGUACACUGCCUUCGCCUUCCAUCCAGAAAGAGUUCAAGCAUCACAUCGACCUGCAAGCCUUUGAUGACCAAGGAGCAGACAUUCCUCGCGGAGUUGUUCUGUGGGUGACAGCUGUGUUCCGUUGCCUGAUAGCACGUAGGGGUCUGCUUGUUUAA